UUCUGCAGGUGCUCAAAGAAGUGCAGCAUUGGCGUAACUGGCGUUUAAAAACAUCUCUCGCGAUGGCCUCUGCUACAGAUAACCGCUAUGGGCAAAAGGAGUCCUCUGACCAGAACUUCGAUUAUAUGUUUAAGAUCCUGAUCAUCGGCAACAGCAGUGUAGGGAAGACCAGCUUCCUGUUUCGCUACGCGGAUGAUUCCUUCACUCCGGCCUUCGUUAGCACAGUGGGCAUUGACUUCAAGGUGAAGACCAUCUACAGAAACGACAAGAGGAUCAAGCUGCAGAUUUGGGACACGGCAGGGCAGGAGCGCUACAGGACCAUCACUACAGCCUAUUAUAGGGGAGCCAUGGGCUUUAUCCUCAUGUAUGACAUCACUAACGAAGAGUCUUUCGCGGCCGUACAGGACUGGUCCACACAGAUAAAAACCUACUCAUGGGAUAAUGCUCAGGUGCUCUUGGUGGGUAACAAGUGUGACAUGGAUGAUGAAAGGGUGGUGGCUUCUGAAAGAGGACGACAACUUUCUGAACACCUUGGGUUUGAAUUUUUCGAGGCCAGUGCCAAAGACAACAUCAAUGUAAAGCAGACCUUCGAGCGCCUGGUGGACAUCAUAUGCGAGAAGAUGUCAGAGAGCCUUGACGCCGCGGACCCAGCCGUGACCGGAGCCAAACAGGGCCCACAGCUCACCGAGCAGCCCGCCGCUCCACACCAGGACUGCGCUUGCUAAAACACCACCCAGCCUCUCCAACUACACUGCCCUGCACUACCAUACACAGGAGAAAGGUAAACCAACACGGGAUAAAGGAAAAGAAUAUUCUAACAUAGAAACCUGUAGAACUAUCCUGUUAUCUUUUGUUCUGUUCUGGUUAUAAUUCAGUUUGUGAGUGUUUUUUUUUUUUUAUGUAAUCAUUUAUGACACUAUCUUUGAUUUUGCUGCAUUGUUGUUUUAGACUUGGAGAGGGAAAGCCAUACUUUAAUAUUGUACUUUAAGAAGUAAGUUUGGCGAAGCACAAAUCAUCACGUGUUAGCUCCUUUCCCUUUUGUGUGAAACUUUUAUCUGGCCUUCAUGUGCCACCUUUUACCUUUUUUAGUUUCUUUCCUAUUUAACACAAUCUUUUGUUUUCUUUCAUGCUUAACUUUUGUCAAAUACGAACAAAUACUAGAGAAGAAACCUAUUGUAUAUUUAUUCCAAACAUGUAUAUAGACAAUGUGCAGUAUUUAAUACAGGUAUAGUAACAUAUUUAAAGAGAAAAAAAAAGCAUUUUAAAAAUGACAAAUCAGAGAAGUAUGAAGAAAAUAAGAGGAGUCAUGUAAUGUUUCUGUGGUGAUCCUUUGCAUUGCUUGUCACAAACCUCUCUUGCAUAUUUGUAGGUCUUAAUCAUGGUACCUUUAGUCACUGAACUGCUGAAAGUCAGAUAUACAUAGACAUUCCUCAGUGUAAAAUGCAUGGAAGGAAUUUAAGCCAUUUAGGCAAAUAGUUAUAAGAUUUCCGCACUGUCCGUUGUAGCUCCAAACAGUCUCUAGAUACCGUAAAUCCUCUAAAUGAAGAAAAAAGUUCAUUCGGGAAUCACUUCUUGCGUGUUAAUACUCACAUUGUUGUAGUGACAGAACAUCAGCUUCUGCCAACGUGAAGAAUCCUAUCCACAAUCAAACUUUAACUGGUGUCGCUAAACCCGUACUUAUUCCUAACUCGAUGCAAGGUUCAGGGAUGGGAUUCCCAUUUCUGAUCUUUUUUUUCUUUUUUUUCUAAAUGUUUCUGUAAACAGCUUGUCCUGGUGCAGAAAAUUUAUUCCUACAUGUUGUACUGAAAAGAAACUUGAAAGGAAAAACAUCUCAUGUUGUAAAUGUGUUGUUGUCAGGUCACAUGACCGAGAGUCAGGACUGUUACUUAUUAUGAACUUCGUAUUGGCAUUAAUGAGAAUAUAAGACGAUGUUGACAAGCAAAACCAGAGCCCCUUAUAGUUUUUUUUUUUUUACGAUUGAAAUCAGUUUAAAUUCCUAAAAGUAUCUUUGCCAGUUUUCUUUCCUUUGCUAUGCUGUCUUCCUGAAAAAUGACUGUAAAUAUAUUUGAGUCUUUAGUUUUAUGUGUGACUUGUGCUGUGACUCUGGGCUCAAAACAAACAAACAAACAAACACAAAAAAAGACGAGAUAUGAGAAAUUAUUUAAAGUAUGUGCUUUAUCUGCGUUGUGUAUGCUUGCUUGUGAAUGAAUGUGUCACUUUAUUACAAAGCAAUAUGGAAAACAAUGUUUUGAAGUAUUUAUGGUUUUAUUAUGCCCUUUUAGAGAGAAAUCUUAAAAGUUCAGGAGGAAAAAAAAAUCUAGAACUUAGCAAAUCCUGUAAGGUGACACAGAUCGACAGGAAGCUAUGGAACUUGAAUACUUCAAAUUCACUAAAGAGCAGGAUGAGUGAAAUUGAUCAAAUGCACACUAACCCUCAGAGACCAAACUGUGGACAGGAUGUCCAAGCAGAUGCUUCGUGUCCGUGUCCAAAUUUAUAUUAAGAUAAAUUAAUAAGCUUAUCGAGAUUGAGCAAAUCACAACGUUUAACCACGCUGUAAUCGCUUCAAUGCUCUAAAAGACCUGCUUUUCUAUUCCGUUUUUAGGGAUUGGUUUGUUUUAAAUUCGGCACUUUUUGAUUUCGAUGCGUUGUUGUGUUUUUUCUACUUUUAUUUAUUUUUGUAAAUCUUCUUUUUUUCUAAUAUGGAAAUUCUGUGUAUGUUUCAAGUUAAAAAAGAAAAAGAAAAAGACCAACUAUUAUGCAGUAGUAAAUUAACUCUAAAUACAAUAAGGGGCAUGGUGUCAAAUGUUCAGUGGUGAAGUUUACCAAACCUACUGUCUAUGUUGUGGAAAUUACUGAAUUGAAAAAAAAAAUAAUAAUAAUAAAGGUUUGUGCUGUUGCA